AUGGCCUGGGAUGGCAGCUCGUUUGCAAACCGGCCCGAGCUCUAUACAGAUGUCUUAACUGAAGUUGACCUGGAAGAGAUCAAAGAUGCAAUCAAAUUCUUCAAGAAGCAAGGACUUCCACGAGGAAGCAUUGAUCGAACUUCCUUUCCUCUCUCGCCUGGACUAUCCCAGCGCGUACAAGGCAUUUCUGACAUUCUUAACGACGAUCGUGGGUUUCACGUGGUUCGCGGCAUCGACCCGUCCCAAUUCUCUGAUGAGGACCACGUCUUGCUCUUUGCCGGUCUCUCCGCCCAUGUUGCCAGCAACAGAGCAGGAUACAUCCAUGCUGGUGCCAUUGUGGCUCUUUUCACGGAAAGUAACUCCCAGCUCGGAGGGGAACAGUACCUUUCCAGUUUCUGGAGAGUGUACAAUGCACUGGCAUUGGAAGCUCCUCAGGUCAUCCAAGCCUUGGCGUCGAAUUGGCAUUGGGAGAAACCAGACCGCAAGGACCCUAACCUCGGGAAUUUGAUCUACCCUCAAAGGGCUAUCAUCGGUCACAUCGACGGUCGCGUGCAAAUCAACUACGGCCGCUCCUUUGUGGCAGGACACGAGAAAUACCCACUCUCAGCACAAGCGCCGCACCUAACCGAUUUCCAAAUAUCUGCUUUGGAUCUUCUCAGUAAAAUGGCCGAGAAGCAUGCCUUCCAACUCGACACACAGCCAGGGGACCUUCUAUUUGUCAACAACCUGUCCAUCAUGCACGCCAGGGGGGCAUUCCGGGAUGGUCCAGAGUGCAACCCUCGACAUGUCAUGAGACUCUGGCUGCAGGACCAAGGGAGUUGGCCGGUGGCCCCAACUCUUAAAUACAAGGAAGAGGUAGGAAAAUGGAAUGUGGCACCAGAGGAUCAGAAGUUGUACGACUUGGGGGAGUGGAAGCAGACGGCGCGACCGCUUGAGGAGUCUAUUUACAGGCUUUGUUACAUGUUACAGCCGUUGUUCGAAACCAUCGAACACGACUGGAGGUGGUGCGACGUCGCCAAUGAAUCCAGUUUGCAGUGA